GGGGUCUCUCACCCAACACUGCCAAGUUGCCUGGGCAGAAAGAACUCCCUGCCUAAGGGAACAGCCUCCCGGAGAGGUCAUGUCUAAGGCACAGAGAUGGGCAAGAUCGAGAACAACGAGAGGGUGAUCCUCAAUGUCGGGGGCACCCGGCACGAAACCUACCGCAGCACCCUCAAGACCCUGCCCGGGACGCGCCUGGCCCUUCUCGCCGCCUCCGAGCCCCAGGGCGACUGCCUGAAGGCGGCGGGCGACAAGCUGCAGCCGUCGCCCCCUCCGCUCUCGCCGCCGCCGCGACCGCCCCCGCUGUCCCCCGGGCCGGGCGGCUGCUUCGAGGGCGGCGCGGGCAACUGCAGCGCCCGCGGCGGCGGCGACCACCCCCGGGGCAGCCGCGAGUUCUUCUUCGACCGGCACCCGGGCGUCUUCGCCUAUGUGCUCAACUACUACCGCACCGGCAAGCUGCACUGCCCCGCCGACGUGUGCGGGCCGCUGUUCGAGGAGGAGCUGGCCUUCUGGGGCAUCGACGAGACCGACGUGGAGCCCUGCUGCUGGAUGACUUACCGGCAACACCGCGACGCCGAAGAGGCGCUCGACAUCUUCGAGACCCCCGACCUCAUCGGCGGCGACCCUGGCGACGACGAGGACCUGGCGGCCAAGAGGCUGGGCAUCGAGGACGCCGCGGGCCUGGGGGGCCCCGACGGCAAGUCCGGCCGCUGGAGGAGGCUGCAGCCCCGCAUGUGGGCCCUCUUUGAGGACCCCUACUCGUCCAGAGCCGCCAGGUUUAUUGCUUUUGCUUCUUUAUUCUUCAUCCUGGUUUCAAUCACAACUUUUUGCCUGGAGACACAUGAAGCUUUCAAUAUUGUUAAAAACAAGACAGAACCAGUCAUCAAUGGCACAAGUGUCGUUCUACAGUAUGAAAUCGAAACGGAUCCUGCCUUGACGUAUGUAGAAGGAGUGUGCGUGGUAUGGUUUACUUUUGAAUUUUUAGUCCGCAUUGUUUUUUCCCCCAAUAAACUUGAAUUCAUCAAAAACCUCUUGAAUAUCAUUGACUUUGUGGCCAUCCUACCCUUCUACUUAGAGGUGGGACUCAGUGGGCUGUCAUCCAAAGCUGCUAAAGAUGUACUUGGCUUCCUCAGGGUGGUCAGGUUUGUGAGGAUCCUGAGAAUCUUCAAGCUCACCCGCCAUUUUGUAGGUCUGAGGGUGCUUGGACACACUCUUCGAGCAAGUACUAAUGAAUUUUUGCUGCUGAUCAUCUUCCUGGCUCUAGGAGUUUUGAUAUUUGCUACUAUGAUCUACUAUGCGGAGAGAGUAGGAGCUCAACCCAAUGACCCUUCAGCUAGUGAGCACACGCAGUUCAAAAACAUUCCUAUUGGGUUCUGGUGGGCUGUAGUGACCAUGACUACCUUGGGCUAUGGAGAUAUGUACCCCCAAACGUGGUCAGGCAUGCUUGUGGGAGCCCUGUGUGCUCUGGCUGGAGUACUGACAAUAGCCAUGCCGGUGCCUGUCAUUGUCAACAAUUUUGGAAUGUACUACUCCUUGGCAAUGGCGAAGCAGAAACUUCCAAGAAAAAGAAAGAAGCACAUCCCUCCUGCCCCUCAGGCAACCUCGCCUACUUUUUGCAAGACAGAAUUAAAUAUGGCCUGUAAUAGCACACAAGGUGACACAUGUCUGGGCAAAGACAAUCGGCUUCCGGAACAUAACAGAUCAGUGUUAUCAGGUGACGACAGUACAGGAAGUGAGCCGCCAUUAUCACCCCCAGAAAGGCUCCCCAUCAGACGCUCUAGUACCAGAGACAAACACAGAAGAGGGGAAACAUGUUUCCUACUGACGACAGGUGAUUACACGUGUGCUUCUGAUGGAGGGAUCAGGAAAGAUAACUGCAAAGAGGUUGUCAUUACUGGUUACACGCAAGCUGAGGCCAGAUCUCUUACUUAAUGGCUUGGGGAAGGCACAAAACAUGAGAGAAAGGUAACUGCCAGCCAGGCUUGCAUUGUUUAGAUAGGAAUUGCUGCUUGGUACUAGAGUCAUAUUUUCUUUUAAAUCCCAGAAUUUGUCAUCAUUUUCAGAGGCAGAGUGCCAAAUAUCAUUCAAAGCUCUUGUCAUUUUUACCCCCUUCCUUUAUUUUAAUUAUUAAUUUUUUUUUGCAAACAACAAGGAGCAUUGUUGUUCACAGGAAGCUUUCUUGACCAGCCUUAAAUUUCUGACUCACAGGAUUAAACAGAUUUUCAGGCAGUAUUUAAUCAGGUGCUUUGUCCUGUAUGUUGUUCUGUCCGUUUGUCUUAGCUCCCUGUCUUAAGUGUAUAUGCCAUCUGUCUCCAUGAAGCACAGAAAUGCCUUGAUAAGGUGUUCAUGAUUUUAGUACUGGGUCUUCUCUCCUGCCCCUUGCCUUCUUUGUUACUUGGAACAAGCCUCUCUGCUUGUUCACUCCAAUGAAACCCCCAGGGUGUCUUAUUCAGUCCAAGUGGAAGAAAUUCUGUUUACACAUCCCUACAAAUGCAAUAGCAGUAGUGUGUCUGGUGUACUGGGCAUGAGAGGGAGGAAAAAUGUCAUACUAUAAAUUGAGAGAUAAACAAUAUUUCUAAGGCAUUUAGGAUCCUAGAGACUGCUAAUUCCUAAUGCUCAUGUUUAUUUUCAGUUAGGAAGACAAUUGUCACUUUUAUGAUUGGCCACAUAACAAGUACUACUUUAUAUUCCCAAGUCCUAGAGCAUGACCUGCAUGUCAAAGACCUUGUACAGCAAUGUAUUUACCCAGACAUAAACAUCUGAUAUUUAGAGAUUCAGUGAUGCUUUUGAUAACACCACACAUAGAAAGUUAUAAUUACACACAGCUUUAUGGUAAAGAAAUUAAUAUACUGUCUGGUGCUGCUGUUAUUGACUGCAGUGUUGUACAGAAUUUAUCAUGGAUUUUUGACUGCUGAAAAAGGGACUGUGGAAUUUAGCCAUACCAAGGACUGUACUGGAAACAGAUUUCUGCUGCUGAAUGUGCCC